AUGUCUACCGAAGACAAGGUGCGCGUGUCUGGCGAUGCGCCUCGCAACGCUGCGCCAGUUCUCCCUACCGUCAACCCUGCCUCGGAGAAGCCUCAGCCUGCUACCGGCAGCAUUCAUCCGGCUCUCUAUGUUCUUGUUUGGAUUGGCUUCUCCUCCUCCGUCAUCCUCUUCAACAAGUGGAUUCUGGAUACCCUCAAAUUCCGCUACCCUGUUAUCCUCACCACCUACCACUUGGUCUUUGCUACCGUCGUCACCCAGGCCCUCGCCCGCUGGACCACUGUCCUCGAUGGUCGCAAAAAUGUCAAGAUGACUGGCCGUGUCUACCUCCGCGCCGUUGUCCCUAUCGGUCUUUUCUUUAGUCUGAGCUUGAUUUGCGGUAACCUGACCUACCUCUACCUGUCUGUUGCCUUUAUCCAGAUGCUCAAGGCUACCACGCCCGUCGCUGUCCUUCUCGCCGGCUGGUGCCUGGGUGUCUCGCAGCCCAACAUCAAGCAGUUCCUCAACGUUUCCGCCAUCGUCGUUGGUGUCAUCAUUGCCUCGUUCGGCGAGAUCGACUUCGUCCUUGUCGGCUUUCUCUUUCAAAUGGCUGGUAUUCUCUUCGAGGCCCUUCGUCUUACCAUGGUUCAGCGUCUUCUGAGCUCUGCCGACUUCAAGAUGGACCCCCUCGUCUCCCUCUACUACUUUGCUCCUGUCUGUGCUGCUAUGAACGGUCUCGUUGCUCUGUUCUGGGAGGUCCCCAAGGUCAGCAUGGCCGAGGUUUACCAUGUCGGUCUCUUUACUUUUUUCCUGAACGGUCUUUGCGCCUUUAUGCUCAACGUCUCUGUUGUUUUCCUUAUUGGCAAGACAUCCGCUGUCGUCUUGACCCUCUGCGGUGUCUUUAAGGACAUUUUGCUCGUCGUCGCCUCCAUGAUGAUCUGGGGCACUCCCGUUACUCCCCUGCAGUUCUUCGGUUACUCAAUCGCUCUCGGCGGCAUGGUCUACUACAAGCUCGGCUAUGACCAGCUCAAGGGCUAUGCUGGUGAGGCCUCUCGCCAAUGGGCCGAGUUUGGUGCUCGCAAGCCUAUUCUGCGCAAGCUCAGCAUCAUUGUCAUGAUCUUCUUCACCGUCGCCCUCUUGUUCAGUAGCCUGGCCCCUUCAUAUGCGCCCAACUACAAUCCUGGAGGGCUUGUUGCCGACGUCACUAGUGAGAUAGGCAAGACUGAUGCCAACUGA